GAAAGACAAGAAGCCCGAGCUCACAUAACCGAAAAGAAUCGAACCUAGGGCUGCAAAGCAACCACAGAGGAAAGUAUAGGUCUUGGGUGAGAGCACCAUGUUGUCGACAAGAUCCUCGAUGUAUGGCAAGGUGUCGUUGUCGGGCAAAGUCGUUUGAAGGCGAUCAGGAUGGACCCCCGCAUGUCGAAGGUCGAGGGCCCCCCUAUCUCCUGGCCCCUGUAUAUAUCCAAAAGUGUUUGCCCCGGAAUGGGAUGGCGAUGCCAUCAAGGAUCGAGGACGAACGGAUAGUAGUCGGGACAAAAAGAGCGACAUCCACCUCUGGCCUGCUUGCUUGUUCCAUACUCCGGUCGACCGAAUAUCAGCCUAGCGCUCCUCUUUCAGCCAGGGAACAUGCGGACAUCUCUCCAUGUGCAUCGAGACGUAAGCGCGACACGUGCUUCGGACAGUGGACGGGAUCGGGGGCAAUCGAAAGAUCACACGCUGUUGCGCCAAAGGAUCAUCAGCUGCCAGCCUCUCGGACACGGAGCUGCCCGGCCCGGGGGGGCACGACGACCGACUUUCCAUGGGAAACUAUCCGAGAAGGUUUCACCAUUCGGGUUUCGCCGCGCCUCCUCGUCAAAAGAGGGACAAUCAAGAAGACGUACACGCGGAAUCCGGUUGAUCGUCCUCUAGCUUACCCGGUACAGGUCGCUGGGACGCCGGAGAAUCCUUUCCAAUCGUUCCAGAUUUGGUCCGUCUCCUCUUGAUCCUGCCGUGUGUCCUUGCUGAUGGCAUACUGAC